UAUCUAGGCCUCGUUCCAACGUUAUCAGCACGGUCAAAAAGUUCGAUCUGCGCCCUCGUCGGCGUCAUUUGAGUCGCGACUUUCGAGCGGGCCAGCACGCCACCAGCUGCUGGCAUUUCGUUUGCUUCAUUUCUCACUGCAAAUAUUUUUGUAAGGACAGAGAGUUCAUUUGAAAAAAAAAUAACUAGUAGAGAGAAAGCGGUGUUGCGAAAAUGCGGGCCAUCUCGUGUCUGGGGGCAGGAACGCAGCCGUGGAUUUCGAGUGUGUGCACCGUCCACAAGGAUAGAUUUGCUUACGUAUCCACACUCGCCAUCUACAUAUACCAGCGUGAGAGUGGCUGUCGCGAAUGGAGUUUGAAGAGCAUUUUAACGGAGCCACGCAUCUCCAUUUCUGCACUUUCGUGGCAUCCGACGCAACAGAAACUCCUGGCCAGCACCACCUCUGAUGACAGGGUGUGCAUUUGGAACGUUGAGCAGCAGAGAAUCGUCUUCAACGUCAAGACCACCUCGACACCCAUUUUAAUCGACUGGAUUCCUUCAGAAAGGGAGCAGGUGAGUGUGGUGCUGGACGGCGGCAGGUCUAUCGUCACGUGGACGCCGCAGCAGCAACCUGCGUGCAACAACGGCCGCCCGCAGCAUCUCCUGCAAUACAGGACGCAUUCCGCCUUCUCAUCACCGAUUGCCUGCCUGCAGUGGCACCCAAAGCAGCCAGGUCACCUCGCCGUCGGCCACCAGGAUGGCACACUAUCCUUCUACGCCGCUGCUGCCAAAGUCCAACUUAACGUGCGUCUAACCAAAGAAGACGACGGCGAAGUGUGUUCGCUGCAAUGGGACCCUUUGGCCGAGGACUACCUGCUCGUCGUUCACCGUCAGGGUCUCUUGCGACUGGUCUCCUCUCAGGGAGUGACCAUCCUGGCCAACUUCCGGCACCCUGCCACCUGUAGAGCGCACUGCGUCGCCUGGUUGCCCGACUGUCCAGGAAUGUUUGUUUCCGGAGAUGACGACAGUGGCGUGGUGAGGGUGUGGACGGUGGGGAAAGAAACGCCUUUGGAGAACAGACCGCUGCAGGUGUCAGGUGUGAGAUCGGUGAUGUUGGUGGCAACCUCGGCCGAAACGCAACAGGACGAGGAAGCAAAGGCCAAUAAUUGCGGAGAGGCCAUUGGAGCGGCGCCGAUUUUGGGGUCGCUGGUUUGUCUCUUUGCUAACGGAGGUGCCGGAGUCCACGACUUGAGGAGAAAUAAGUGGGACUACUUUAAAGAAGCGGGCCACGUGGAGACUGUGUUUGCUUGCGCCUUUAGCCCUGACGAAUCUUGCACCCUGGCCACCGGGUCAUUUGACGGCAGCGUUAAACUGUGGACUUGCGCCGACGGCGAGACGCGUCCUCUGAACAGCACGCCAGGCCGCGAGUCCAUCAUUUACAGCGUUUCGUGGGCUCCCUCGUCACCCCUGUUGGCCGCCGCCACCGCCAGGGACGGCGUUUUGAUCGUAGACACGCAGGGGGCGCGCGUGGCCCAGCGGCUGACGCACCACGGCCGUGGCGUCAGCGUCUUUUGCGUCGCGUGGUGCGCCGACGACCCGCGACGCAUCGCUUCGGCCGGCGGCGACAACUGCUGCGUCGUUGUCCAGCACAAGGGCGAACUCGAGGUGCAAAGGUGUCAACACCCAGGGUCGGUUUAUGGCUGUGACUGGAGUGGCGCCGAUAGACUGGCCACAGCGUGCGACGACGCCGUCGUCAGGGUUUUCAGGGUCGCGUGCAAGGAGGACGCGAAACCGGUGGAACUCAAAGGUCACAGUUCCAAAGUUUUCAACGUCAAGUGGUGUCCAGCGCUGGACAAUCUCUUGUGUAGCGGCUCAGACGACGCGACUAUUCGAAUAUGGGACGUGGACAAGCAAGCCUGCAUUCGAACCAUGUAUGGUCACAAAGGUCACGUGCGGGGUCUCGCUUGGAACCACGCUUUCCCGCACUUGAUCAUUUCUGGCUCAUGGGACUUCAGCAUCAGGGUUUGGGACGCUCGGACGGCCGAGUGCAUUGCUGUUGAAAAUGAACACGGCGCCGAUGUUUAUGGUAUAAGUGUAUGUCCCAAUCGUCCUUUGCUAGUUGCGUCCACCUCUCGAGAUUCAACUGUCCGCCUGUGGAAUUUAGCGCCGCUCAUUCCUGUGAUCACAAUGACGCCUCUAGUGCCUAAAAAUACUUUGGACGUACUUUUUACUUACGAAUUCAGUCUGAAUGAAGAGUGGGUAGUUCGAAUUCAUGGUGAAGUAGCAAAAACAAUGGUAGAAAUUUUGACCAACAAUCAAAUUGACCAAAUGCGAAAAUUUCUCUCCGUAUCUGAUUUACUCCAUGGCAACCCAGAAGUGACCAAUUUGUGGGACUUGGUGAUGGUGCUGCGUGGAACCAAGGAAAUGUCGCAGCUGUCCAAGCAGUAUCCACGUGGCAUUGUGCAUUCAACGCACGUGGCCACCUGCAGGCUGGCUGAUGCAACACAAGAGGAGCUAAAAGCGGCUGGAGGUCACGGACAGAGAGCGGAGGCUGACCUGAGGAGGGCAGCCAACAGUUUUCUGAGGGCAGGUGCCCUCCGAAGGUACUGUGAAGUGAUGGUACGGCUCGGUGAGUGGGACAAGGCGCUCAGCGUCGCGCCCGGCGUCUCUUUUGAAUACUGGAAGCAGAUUAAUCAAAAGAGAAUAAAUGAGCUUUAUGUGAAUGAAUCUGAACUUGUGUUGCCCAACGCCCUGGCUCAGGGUGACCUGCAGGGUCUGGUUACCUUUUACUCCAACCGAGGCCAGCUGGAAGAGUCAUUCGCCCUGUCGUGUCUCUCGAGACCGAAAACGGAGCAGGCGGCGCCCGUGGUGCCCUCAGAAGAGUCGUUUUCGCCUCUAAUGAGCUGCACCGCGAGAGCCGUUGCUGAGAAUCUGCUUCGCAAAGGAGCGCCGAUUAAGGCCGCGUGCACCAUGCUUGCGGUCGACGAUGACCAUAGUGCCUUGCAAAUGCUGAUGAGAGGAAAUGAGCUUGAGCUUUUAGUCACAGUUGGCAGAGCGCUGAACAAAACGCAUGAUUGUCACGUUGAUCGCGCCCUCGCCCUUUUGGCCAUCAGGGCCCGCCGGCUCAAAGAAUGGAAACUCGCCAUCGACUUGCUCACUGAGAUCAAAGACUUUGAGAUGAAGCGGCAGGGAAUUCUGCGCUUGCUGGUCAACUUUCCAGGUUCGCGGAGCGUCCGUGAGGAGCUGCUGAAAGAGGCUGGUCUUCCAGACGCGGAAAAGUGCGCCAAAAGGGCCAAUGAAAUCAAAAUGUUUGACGACGUUGAGAAUGUGGUCGAAGCCGUCCAGCUCCUCAUGGCUGUCGGCGACUUCGAGGAGGCCGUCGACCUCGGAUGCAGAAUUAUCCCAGAAAUUCUACAACCGCAUCGAAAAUGGAACCCCGAAAAAGCACUUCGGAUCACAGAAUUGAUUCAAGAAACUGGCAUCGUCAACGACAGGAUCCGUCUCCUGUCUGCCUACGUUGGAGCUCUGAUCGCCAUUCGUCGCGGCUACCACCAGAUAAGUCAAUCCCUCAUCGAAAACGCCAUAAUCGAGCUGCGGAGAAGUGGCGAGGGAAGUUGCGGGUUGCACGAGGCGCAAUUCCACGCGCUCUCCGGCCUCGACUCGGCCAUGAUCAACAGACUGAAGGAGGAGCCGAGUUGUGACCCUGACAGGGGUAAUGUCCACGUCACGGGUAGUAAUUUGCCGUCACAUUCGGGCAUUAGACGGUGUAUCCUGACUGGGAUGCCAAUUAGGGGUCCUGCGAUGAAAUUGGACGACAGCGAAUUGUCAAUGGUGUGCUUGAGUGACGCGAUUAUGUGGGCCAAAUGUGGGGCUAUGUCACCCCUCGGCACCGCAAUCAACCCUUUUUAGUCCUUAAUUCCCUGCAAUAAAUGUGCUGUUUCGACAAUAAUGAUAAUAAAAAAGAACAAGUGAAUAAUCCGUCCACACUGAGAAUAUAAAUAGACUUUUGAUUAAAUUUCCGCUGCCAGCCUAAUUAGUUGAUCA